UGCUUUCGCUUUAGUCGAGUCUGCGGUGUCUGACGUGCAGCAUGUUGACGCCGUUCAUUCCCGCACCCACGCUCUUCCACCAUUUCUAAAGAAAAAUCGUGUCGAAAUUGACGUAGGAAACAGCAAAUCCUGGAUAUUCGGUUUUUCGUUUGCCUUUUGCGGUCAAUCGGUUUUUCGUUUGCCUUUUGCGGUCAAUCGGAUGGCCAAUUGCGACAUUUGAAGACAUCGGGAUUUGAACGCAAGUUGUGCUACAAGUGCCCUCUGUGUUUGUUUUCCAAUUUUUUCUUUCUCGUCAUCUACUUUUCCUGGGAAAACGGAGGGGAUUUUUAAAAACAAAACAAAACAUGGUGAACGUUCGGUGCCAAGCUUGCCAAGCGAAAUAUCGUUUAUUGGCGGCGAAAAGACUCAAUUUGUUGGGUCUGGCCUUUGAAGCCCGGCCUCAAAAACCCACACCCCGUUUCCCUUAUCGGCCGCCUAUUCAACGUCGUCCACGAUCUUACAUUAUUCAACCAAACUCUCUGGGCUAUGCCAAGGAUAACAACAAAGAAAACCGAUCUACAUCGACGAGCAUUUCGUCGCCCAGGUCGACUCUUCGCCGCCAGGCGAAAGCCAACAACAAUCUUCUUUUGCCCAGAUUUUACUACCCAACGGGACGACCCAUCAGUAAAGAACAGCUGGAUGCCUCGCUGUUAAGACUGGCCGCCACGUUUCAACAGCUGCCUAACUGCCAAGCCAGUCGUGAGCACUUUGGAACCAUCGCCAAGGCUUGCGGCUGCCCUUAUUACUGGAAAGCCAUCUUGUUUAUCGCAAGCGGUGGCGAAAAGCUUGGACAUGUUACGCUGGAAACCUUCACCGACUUCUGGGGAAAAAUCAUCAACAACUAUCACGACGAAGCUUCGCGAUUUGUUCAACUCCUGACCAUGAUCAAUCUGAAUGUGACCGUGAGCAGAACAGACAACAAUUUAAACACAUCGAUGAACAACUGUACCGGUUCUGGCCGGUUCUAUCUAAUACCAGAGGAUUUCGUACCUCUUGUGCAAGACGUGGUCGACACCCAUCCGGGAUUGACCUUCCUCAAGGAGGCGGCGGAAUUUCAUUCGCGCUACGUUCACACGGUGAUAGCCAGAAUUUAUUACAAUGUCAACCGAUCCUGGUCAGGCCACAUCACUUUAACCGAACUGCGCCAUUCGAAUCUGUUGGCUACCAUUCGCCUACUGGAAGAAGAGGAAGAUAUUAACCAAAUCACUGACUACUUCAGUUACGAGCAUUUCUACGUCAUCUAUUGCAAGUUUUGGGAACUCGAUAAAGAUCACGACCUCUUUAUCGAUAAGAAAGAUCUGGCUCGUCACAACGAUCACGCGUUGUCUUCUAAGAUGAUUGACCGGAUAUUCUCUGGAGCGGUCACUCGUGGAGUUGCCCAUAAUAAUCGAAUGGUCAAAUUUGGCAAUACCAACACCAAUAUGAACAAUCAGCCGCGUAUGAGUUACACCGAGUUUGUCUGGUUCCUCAUCUCUGAAGAAGACAAGAGACACUCGACGGCUAUCGAGUACUGGUUCAGGUGUAUGGACCUGGACGGCGACGGUUUCCUUUCAAUGUACGAACUGGAAUAUUUUUACGAGGAACAAUUGCAACGGAUGGAAUCUUUAGGCAUAGAAACAUUGCCAUUUGAAGAUUGCCUGUGUCAGAUGUUAGACAUGAUUCAUCCGGCUGUGCCCGGUAAAAUCUCGCUGAACGACCUCAAACGUUGCCAGAUGACACCCAUCUUUUUCGACACGUUCUUCAACCUGGAAAAGUACCUGGAUCACGAACAACGCGAUCCGUUUGCAUCGCAACGCGACCCCGAUUCAGAGAAUGGCGAUGAAAUACUCAAAAUUUCCGACUGGGAUAGAUACGCUGCCGAAGAAUACGAACUCCUUGUGGCCGAAGAGGGUGGACCGGAUCACGGCGAAGACAUGUUCAUGCGGGAAGAAAUGGCCACAGGCGAAGAGGACGGCAACGACCAUUCUUCUCUUCCCUUAUCGAUGGAACGUGACGUCAUUAUGGCCGAUUCAGAUGUUAACGACGGCCAUGACGAUUAUUCGCCCUUGUCGGUCCAUUCAAGCCUGGGCCUCGGCAAUGCUGGCCAUCGUUCACUUUUCUCGGUCACGCCGUGCUCGAUCGAAUAUCAAUAUUGAUCGACCUCCCGGGCCAUGAUGAUUCUUAUUGUUUUUUUUUUUCUUUUUAGCGACUAGCAUGAACCAGUCCUGUUUCUGUUGUCACGAUCAGCUGACGAAUUUCUAAGCAGUCAAAUGUCAUUGCAGAGCCUUAAAAUCUCCGUAUCCCUAUCUGUGCAAUAUGCAAUAUGUUUUUUUUUUUAUGUAUUCCGGUGGGUGGAUGGGGAAGGGGAGGUUGGGGAGAUAUAUUUUUAAUUGCCACUGAUUAUUGUAGAAUCUUUCUGGCUGGUUUGGACCCUUUCCUCGCACUACACCGUCAGUAAAUACCUUCAUUGCACCUGAGAAAUUUGUGGGUCACACACACACACACACGUUGUUCGUCUAGUCUCAUCGAUUUGUUUGCGUAUGUGCUCUUUUCUGAUCUUUGAAACCAUCAAGACUUGUAGUGCAUAGAAGGAGAAAAGAAAACAUCAACUCGGAUUUCUUAUUUUGAUCGUUUAACUUUAACUUGUGCAUCACAUCUUUUAAUGUUUCUUUUAAUAAUUUUUCUUUUUCUUCUUUUUUUUUUAAUAAUUCAAUUCUUUUAUUACCUCUUAUAUACAUAGAUUCCCCUAGAAGUGAUUCGAUUUGUCGCUGGUUUUCUAUGAUUGUGAUUGAUCACGAUGUAAGAAAUCAUGCCCUUCACACAUAAUUUAAGAUCUAAUUGAUUUGUCCUCUUACCAUGUAUUUUUUUUAAACUCGGUUUAAAGUAUGUUGGCAGUAGGGUGCGAAAGUUUAUACAUAAAUUACAAUCAUCAGCAGGUGAAAAAAAAAAUGUCUGCCGUGUAUUUUGUUGUGUUCAAAAGUGGCUCUUUAAGUUAAUGUAUGUAUAAUGUUGUGGAUGUCUCUCUCCCUGUGUACCUGGAGAAAGUUAAAACAAAACAAAACAUGAACUAAGAAUAGGAAGGGUUCCCCUUGACGGCUGCCAUAAAAUAAACAUGGAUUCGUUUCAUUA